CUAUAUUCGUUCCACGAACUUCCAAUUAUGGUUGGUUAUCAAAAACGGGGAAGAGGUGCCGAUGAAGAAAGUCGGAAACAAGUUGAUCCCCAAGACCGAAGACGAGUUUGAUGCCGAGGACAUCAAAAAGGUCGAGAAUUAUGCAAAGGCAAUAAAUAUGCUUUAUUGUGCCGUAAAUCCUGAUGACUACCGCAAGAUCUCCUGCUGCUCAACCGCCAAGGAGAUGUGGGAUAAACUUGAGGUGACGUACGAAGGAACGGACCAAGUACGUGAAGCCAAGAUUGACUUCCUCACCGAAGAAUAUGAGAUGUUCAGGAUGAAGGAGCACGAGAAGAUCGACGACAUGUUCGACCGAUUUUCCAAGAUAGUCAAUGAUCUUCAUGCAUUGAAGAAGACUUACACCGACAGGGAUCUUGUACGAAAGAGCCUACGGAGCUUGACAUCUGAAUGGCGAUCUAAGGCCGAUGCCAUCUAUGAGUCAAUCGGCACAUCAAAUGUCACCAUCGACGGUUUAAGAGGUAACUUAAAAACCUAUGAAUCUACUAUACUUAACCCGUCUUUGAAUGACCAAAGGAAAGGCAUAGCAUUAAAAGCCUUCAAAGAACCAACGAUGAAUGACUCAAGCGACGAUGGUGAAGCCGGGCACAUCAAGAACAAAUGCCCGAAAAGCGGAAGGAAUGCUCAGCACUUCAAAAGGCAAAGAGCAUACAUCUCCUGGGGUGGAGACUCCGGCGAUGAAUCAAGCGAACAAGGGGAAGAAGAAGAAGCAAAUCUUUGUCUCAUAGCUCAAGAAGAAGAUGAGUCCGCCAACAACGAAAACCAAGAGGUACGUAUUUCUUCUACCAGUUCUUAUUCUUUUGAAGAAAUGCAAGAAGCUCUCCAAGAGCUUUAUGACGAGUUUGUUAGCGCUUCUAAAACCAACAAAGCUUUAAAGAAACGUUUUUCUAAUCUUGAAAUUGAGUUUGAAAAACUUCAAAAGGAAAAUGAAAAACUAAAAGUUGAAAACAAAUUUUAUGGUAAAAGAAGCGCCGACAAACCCGAGAUCUCUACAAAACAUUGUGACUCUUGCAUAGCUUUGAAAGCCUUGGCACAACAUUACCACAAGGCAGAAUGCUCUUACCCAACGAUGGGAAGCUUUACCCAUCGAUGGGAACCCAGCGAUGGGAAGGCUUAACCAUCGAUGGGAAGGCAUGACCGUUGGGAGUCAUUUAAGGCUGAUUCUUUCCUUAUUUGAAAGUCAACCUCCCACCCAGCGAUGGGAAGCAUUUACCCAUCGAUGGGUAGGUAACCGUUGGCUUCAAAACUGAAGGAAAAUUGGCUUACCAGCGAUGGGUAAGUCCUAAACAUCGAUGGGAAGCCAAUAUUCUGCAGAUCCCAAAUCUUUUCAAUCCCAUAAAUCAAGCCAAUCACCCCUU